ACUGCUGCAUUAUUUACCACUGUAAGCUCAGAGAGAAAGAUGGCUCUCCAUUCUGGUGUCGAUAAAAGAGUCGUUAUUAUCGGAUGUGGUAUUUCAGGAGUCGGUGCUGCUCAAAAGUUAAUCAAACAGGGCUUCAGAAAUGUCCGUAUCAUCGAAGCAACCUCGAGAAGCGGUGGAAGGAUUAAAACUGGCAGACUGGAUGGAAAAAUUAUAGAAAUAGGUGCCAACUGGAUCCAUGGUCCCUCACAAGAGAACCCAGUUUUUCGCUUGGCCUCCCACUACAAUUUGCUUGAUGAAGAGUGUUUAUCUGAAGAGAAUCAGUCUGUGGACUUUGGUGGGCUUCCACCUUUACUUUCAACCUGGCUUUCCAGCUCAGGCAAGAAACUUGAGGCUGAUUUAAUGGCACCUGCUGUGGAAGUCUUCAUGACAUUACUUAGGAAGUCUCAGGAGUUCUACAACACUAGCAGGGCACCCAUGUCUAGUGUUGGGGAGUUUCUUAAAACAGAGGCUCUCAGGAUCAGCAAUGAAGAAUGGAAGGAAGAUGAAGCCAGAAAGCUCAGACAGGCUCUGUUCAGCACACUGCUGAAGCUUGAGUGUGGUGUGAACGGGACACACACGAUGGACGAUGUGAACCUUGCAACCUUUGGCAUGUACAAGUCCCUUCCAGGACUGGACUGCACUUUCCCAGGAGGCUAUGAAGGCUUAAUUAGACACAUGAUGAAUGAACUGCCUAAGGAUAUUGUCUUAUUUAACAAAACGGUUAAGUGCAUUCACUGGAACAGCCAGGCGAGCUCAAAAGAAAUAACAUGUCCAGUUACAGUUGAAUGCAUUACUGGAGAGACUUUUGAAGCAGAUCAUGUCAUUCUUACCAUUCCACUGGGCUAUAUGAAGAAGCACCACGAUAGUCUUCUGAAUCCACCUCUGCCACAACACAAGUUGCACUCCAUCCAGAGACUGGGUUUUGGGACAAACAAUAAAAUAUUUGUAGAGUUCGAGAAGCCUUUCUGGGAUGAAGAUUGUGAAGUUGUGUUCCUUGUAUGGGAGGAUGAACAUGAUCUUCAGAAUCCUGUUUCUGAUAUAAAAACUUCUUGGAUCAGGAAGAUGUCUUGCUUUACUGUACUGAAACCCGCAGAGAGGUAUGGCUAUAUUCUUUGUGGCUGGAUUGCUGGGCAUGAAUCUGAAUAUAUGGAAACUCUGCCUGAAGAGGAGGUGCUACACACAGUGACUCAACUCAUUCACAGAUUUACAGGAAAUCCAACAAUUGCUAUAAAGAAGCUUUUUCGCUCCCGGUGGUUCCAUGAUCCCUACACCUGUGGUGCUUACUCUUAUGUGGCAAAAGAUUGUUCUGGUGAAGAUAUCGAUAAUCUUGCAGAGCCUCUUCCACUGAGGGGAUCAAAUGCUAAGCCCUUACAGGUGCUGUUUGCUGGAGAAGCCACUCACAAAUCUUUCUUUUCCACUGUCCAUGGCGCUUUGCUUACUGGUUGGAGAGAAGCAGACCGUCUCAUAUCACACUACAAUCCCAAUCCGUCAGCAGGGAAAGUCACAGCAAAUCUGUAAAGAGUAAACAGAUUCAAAUGAUAGACUCAUUGGCUAAAAAGAAAAUCUCUCUUCUUUGAAGAUCAGUUGUAAUAAUAAAUAGAAAUUUGAAAGUAAUUUUGCUACAAAAUAAAAUCAAAGACCUCUCUGUCAGAUGGCAACCAAAUACACCAAUCAAACUGUCCAAAACUGGACACAUUUGUUUGGAUAUUUAGACAAAUUUUUAAACUUUAUUAACUUUCUGAGCAAUUCAUUGGUUGGAACAGAUUUGUCAAUGGUAAGAAUCCUAUCCAGGGUGUCCGUCGCUUUGUGCCCUGGGUUCCAUGGGGUAGACCUCAGGCUCCCCACAACUGUGUGGGUUACAGAAAAUAGAUGGUAUAGCAAUGGCUUCAUUUAAAGGUGACUUUUCACAUGUUCAGUAAUAUUCAGAAAACAGUAACAAGCAGGUGUCAACAGGCAAAAACAUAUUUGGAUAUCAGUAAGAUUUUCUUUUUUUAAUAGAUGGAACCUGCUCAUGAGUUGGUACUGUACCAUUUGCCAUACGUCUACUUUAAUGCAUCAUUUUAGACCCAGCACUAAUUUGGCAAAACAACAAUUUUGCUGUUCCUCUGCAUGGCAAAUCUGCUUGGAUUUUUUUUUCUUUUCUAUAUAAUUGGAGUCAGUUCAAUACUCAUUAUUUGUGAAUUUGUGGACGGUGGCUGGUUCAUCUUAAUAGCAUUUCACAACAUCUACUGUUUUAGAUUAAUCUACGUUUUUAGAUUAAUGCAUUUAAAAUUACUAAGUAGAGAUAAUACUUUUAGAUAUUUUUCUGUGGCCCUAGUUGCACUCUUUGAGAAUCGUUAUUUUACCAUAUUAUUAUUAUUAUUAUUAUUAUUAUUAUUAUUAUUAUUAAUAAAGAUGUUUGCAAUCAGCAAAUAAAUGACUAACAAAAGCUGAUUGUUUCCACAGUGACUUUAAAUAAACAAUUAUUUAAUUAUAAGUUAAAUAUAUUCUGUAAAAUUAUUAGGUAUGUUAUGUGGAAAUAGUUAUGUAAUAAAUGUGGGAAUUUAAAUAUAGAUAGAUAUAUUUCUACUCUGAAUGUUUGUGUAUUUAGUUUUGCACUGGAGAUACAAACGUAUCAUCUAGUAUGUUUUACUCAUUUGUUUGAUUCUGAUUCAUGUUCCAUGUUACCUUCUGUGUGAGUUGUACGUUAUGUGAAUGAGGUGAGAAGAUUCUUCUCUAACAUUUCACUCUUUAAUCCACAUCUUUAAAAAUUAGAAUCCAACAAAUAAAUUCUACAUAAAAUUCUA